GUGUUAACAUGGGAUGUUGGCAAAAUUACCCCUCAAAAGCUACCAAACCUGAAGGGUAUAGUGAACCUGCAGUCUGGAGCCCCUAAGCCAGAGGAGAAUCCGAGUUUAAACAUCCAGUUUAAGAUACAACAGCUUGCAAUUUCAGGACUGAAAGUGAAUCGCCUGGACAUGUAUGGAGAAAAAUACAAGCCUUUUAAAGGUGUCAAAUAUAUUACAAAAGCAGGAAAAUUCCAAGUCAGGACAUGAGAAGAUACUCUACUUCCAGGAGGGCAUUCCCCUUAAAAAAAACUUGACUGCUUAGUGACUUAUGUUGCUAUUAAUUAGGUGCCAAUUAAUUAAUAGACACUGAUUAAUUUGGGAUCAAAGCGUUUGUGCACAGCAGCUCUUAAAAUGAAAGCAUAGCUUAAGUUUUUCUUAAUAUGGCUUUAAAAUAAGGUACUUUUUUUCUAAUACACCUUCACUCUUUUUUUACUGAAUUGUUGUGCUGGUGAAUAGUUUGAUGUAGGUGAUCCACAAAACGUCGCAAACACUACACUGCCAGUCAGAUACCAAAGCCCAGAGGCCAAGCACAUUAUGAAGGCCAGACAGGCCACCGAAAAUGUCUUAUGGUGGCACGGUUUGCUGCUGCAGCCACCUGCAAAGGAAGCUCAGCUAUUCUCAGAGCCAGCUGCAAGCUGGCAUUCCACAAAGCAUCACAUAAUCCCUUCAUAAAGAGAGAGCAGCAGUGAGAGGGGGCAGGGGUCCCACAGGGGCCUGGGACAUCGCAACUGUCACUCCUGAGAAGGAGCUUCUGAUGAAGAAAAAAAUUAUUUCCUUGUUGUUUACAAGAAAUCGCCUUUCUUAAGAAGCAUUUGCCUUAAUCAGCUUUCAUUUGUGCCAUCUGCAGAUGAGCUGAUGAAAAUAGCAUUCUGCAUUAAAUCUGGGAGGUGAUUGUUGCUUCAGUAAUCCACUUUCUUUCCAUUCAAUCUCAUCAUCACCAUCUUUUUUUUUUUUAAGAAUACAGUUGCAGAGAGUAAGUAUAUUUUAAGCGAGGCCUUUGCUUUGAUUUAGAUGUUCCACUUGUUGGAAGAUGCCACCAGAUCUGUGCCAUGUGUACAUUGGAGCGUAGCUUUUUAGAUAGCACAAUAGAAGUGUCAAGUGUAUUUAAUGGUUGUGUGCUUUAAUGUUAUGAAAUAAAGGGAACUCUACUGCAAA